AUAAAAAAUAUUUGACAAUGGUACGAAUUUCGCAUAAAAGUGAAGAAAAAAGUGUAGAAAAAAAGCCACAUCGACUAAUUAUCUUCCAUUUUACAACAACUCUGAUGGAAAAAUAAGAAUUAUUGUUUCACGAGAAAAGAAAGAACAUCAAGUUAAAUAAAAAAAUAAAUAAAUCAAAAGUGGUUUCGUAUUAAAUUGUUUGAAUUAUUAUCAUGAAUAAAUAAUAAAUAAAAGAAAAAUAAUAUUAUUUUGCAAAAAAGUAAAAAAAAACAGAACAAAGUGUAAAUAUUUUUCAUGAGUAAAUAAACGCAACUCAACAGCAAGAAAAAAAAUAAUUCAACAAGAAGAGUAGUUUUUUUCUCAUCAUCGUCAACGCUGAAAUCAUCAGAAAUCUGUGUUCAAAUAAUGUAUGAGUUUGGUACAGUGACACAAAAGUCACGAUUAAAAUGCACGCAGACACCUUACUAGAGAGACCAAAUAAAGCAAUAGUAGUGCUUAUAUUGAAAUGGGUCAAAGACCUCGUUGUGAAAAAUAUAAAAAUAGUGACACGCAAACUAGUAAGAGAAGCAAAAAAAACCGCCGAUAGGGAAGCGCGUGGCAGUUUGCAUCGCAACUGCCCCGUUAAUUUAUUCGCGUUAAAGGUCUUGCAGUUGCCGUCAACGUGGAAGACGGAACAGCAGGCCUCUAUCAUCAACAGUCGCUCUUUGGCAAUAUGUACCGUACGUUUCGCACCUUUACACGGUCAAGAACACCAACGGGCGCUGAGAUGAAAACCCAAAGUAGUUUAGAAGUGCCAAAGCAAGUGCGUUCUGCCUCCUUCGAUGAGAUCAAGUUGGAGGCGCAAAAAGCAGCUGCUGCUUUAAUGCCUCAAAACUCCGCAGAUAAUGUAGGCAGUUUGUUACAAGUUCCGCAAGCGGGAAGCAACAACAAUCAACAACGCUCGCACAGCUUUGAUUCAGCAGCAACAGGCACAAGCGGAGACGACGCGACAAAUUCCUUUCUCGAUGUUCCGCGACGCUUUCAACGGAGACGAAGCAGUAGCAAAACGCCUCCUUUGUGCAUCCAUUGUCAAUAUUUGGAGGAAUACAAGAAGAAAACGGGCGUUCAUGAACGCGUAUUUUUCGAUCAAGCAGAAGUACGAAGUUACGAAUCGACACCAACAACGAGCGACGACGACGAAAGUGACGAAGAUGCAAAUAGCAGUGCAACGACUUCCAAUGAGAAACUUUAUGCCAAUCAAAAUACUCUCAUGCCUCCUCCGUCGCCGCAUCACGGAAUCGUUUUUAUGCUUUCGCCAACGAGCACAGAACCAAGUUAUCCGCCAUGUUUGCCCGUCGAAUUGCCGCCCUUAACUCCAACGACUCCGGGAUCUCCGCCGCUUUUUCCAUCAUCUCCAACUAUCGAAUUGCCUCCCGGAUGCGAAGAUUUUCCGCAUAAUCGACAACGAAGACGAAGCAUUUCACGUCAAGAAGCGAUUUUUGUCGAACCAACGGGAAAUUCGUUGGAAAAUGUCGCAGCAAGCGAGAAAAAAAUUGACGAUGGGCUCGAUAAAGUUCAUAGCGAUCCAGCUGUCGAUUGUGUUGUAAGCGAAAUAUUUCUUGCUGUGCCCGAUUUGAAACGAGAUCGUGCUGCUUCCGUAGAUUCGUGUUUCUCCAAAGUAUCGCAAGCAAAAACGGAAGAACUUAAACCGCCGGAAGAUGGAUGUUUAACACUCACAGUGCCAACGGGAGCUUUACGAUCACGAUCUGUUGAUAUUGUUCUCCCUACAGAGCAACAAGCAAGAUACAAAGCUUUGGCACUCGCACAAGUCCCCAUUGCAUUACGGAAAACAAGUGAUGGCGCACGACAAAUUCGUUGCACACCGGAUUGGGGUGAAAAUGCCGUCUCGGGAGAUCAUUUGUGGGUUCCAACGUCAUUUUCGAGCGAAGCGUGCUAUUUGGGCGAAAGUGAUUGCUCGCGAACGGGUGCCCGCAUGAAAUGCUCAGCUUGCAAGAUAAAUGCACACGUUGGUUGUAUAUCAGCGUUAAUGGAACGCCAACAAUUAGCAUGUAAGCCAACAUUCCGUGAUGUCGGAGUCCGACAAUAUAGGGAACAAACCAAGACACAUCAUCACUGGAUUCAUCGACGUACGGAAAAGGGAAAGUGUAAACAGUGUGGAAAGUCGUUACAAGCAAAAUUAUCAUUUAGUUCCAAAGAGAUAGUUGCUUUAUCGUGUGCCUGGUGUAAAUCAUCAUAUCAUAACAAAGAGGCCUGUUUUAAUCCACAACGUAUCGGAGAAGAGUGCACGCUCGGAGUGCAUUCGCAAAUUAUCGUGCCGCCAUCGUGGAUCGUCAAAUUGCCGCGAAAAGGUAGUUUUAAGUCGUCGCUGCGACGAACGCCAAAGAAAAAGACAGCAAGCAAGAAGAAGAGCAAGGAGAAGGAGCAAAAAACAUUUGUGAUAAAACCCAUUCCAACUAGCAAUGUAACGCCCGUAUUAGUGUUUAUUAAUCCCAAAAGUGGCGGUAAUCAAGGUGCAAAGUUACUACAAAAAUUUCAGUGGCUUCUGAAUCCCCGCCAAGUAUUUGAUCUCACGCAAGGCGGUCCAAAAUUGGGUCUCGAGCUGUUUCGUAAAGUCCCGAAUUUGCGAGUUUUGGCAUGCGGCGGCGACGGAACUGUCGGAUGGGUGCUUUCCAUUUUAGACCAAAUCAAUUUUCAACCUCCGCCAGCUGUUGGUGUCUUACCUCUCGGAACAGGAAACGAUCUCGCACGUGCUCUUGGAUGGGGAGGCGGAUACACGGACGAGCCCAUUGGAAAAAUUCUGCAAAAUAUCGGGGACUCUGAUACAGUAUUACUCGAUAGAUGGAAUUUGAAAGUUGAGCCAAAUCCGAAUGCGCCGCCAGAUGAUGGAGGAGGAAAAGAUUUGCUUCCCCUGAGUGUCGUUAACAAUUAUUUCUCGUUGGGCGUCGAUGCUCACAUUGCGUUGGAGUUUCACGAAGCGAGAGAGGCGCACCCCGAGAAAUUUAACUCACGUCUUCGCAAUAAAAUGUUUUACGGGCAGGCUGGCGGCAAGGAUUUACUGAAACGCAAAUGGAAAGGUUUGGCGGAAUUUGUGACACUCGAAUGUGAUGGAAAGGAUUUGACGCCAAAACUGAAGGAGCACAAAGUGCAUGCCAUUGUGUUCCUUAAUAUCCCGAGUUAUGGCGGCGGAACGCAUCCAUGGAAUAAAUCGGGCGGGCAAUACGAGCCCACGACAGACGACGGAAUGAUCGAAGUUGUCGGUUUGACAACGUAUCAACUGCCUUUGCUGCAAGCAGGCGGGCACGGCACAUGCAUUGCGCAAUGUCGUUCCGCAAAAGUUAUUACUUCAAAGACAAUCCCAAUGCAGGUAGAUGGCGAAGCGUGUAAACUCAAGCCAUCUAUCAUCGAAUUGACACUACUUAACAAGGCUGUGAUGUUAGCCAAACGGAAACCGGGAAGGACAAAUGUACAGCAAGCAACUUUAGAAUCUCUUAAUCUUAGUAUUUAUAAAUUAUCAAUGGCUGACUAUGAACAAUAUCAUCACGACAAGGAUUUACUGCAGAAAUGCGCGACAAUUCUCGGCAAUAUCGAUGUGAAUCCCGUAUCAGAUUUGGAACAAAUUCGAGUUCUUAUCAACAAAUUUUGCGAAGAGCUUCCUGAUAGUCCCAAAUUAUCGCCAGAUUGGUGUUUCGUAGAUUAUUGUACGGCAGAACGUUGCUUCCGUAUCGAUCGAGCGCAAGAAAAUUUGCAUUAUAUCAUGGAUAUUGCUCACGAUUACAUUUACAUUUUGGAUCAAGAGUGCCAAACGAUGCCUCAAACACCCGACGAUGAAACGGCAUCGCCUGCUUCAAUGCAUUUAGGAUCGUCAAUGGAAUCGCAUGGUACUCCGGGAUCGCCAGGCGUUAAAUUUUUCAAUAGAUCAUUAUCGGGAGCAGGUUCAGGAGGAACUUCAGAUUCACUUUCUCCUGCGAUCGAUGGACAAGUAUCACGAAAAAGCUCUCAAGGAUCCCAAGGAUCAAUGGGAAGUCCGAAAAGCAAUAAACAUGAGAUUGUUGGCAAUGGACAAAGUCUCGAAUCUGUCAUCAACUUUAAAAGAAUUCACGAAAGAUUAUUUGGUCUGAAUGAAGAUGCGUUUGGAUUCAGUAACCUGCUUGAAAAAACUACGGAUGCCGUCAUAAAGGCAGCGAAAAAUGGAGAUCUUGUGUUGCUAAAAGAUUUACAUAGUCAGGGAUACUCGUUGUUGUCGAUAGAUGCCAGUGGUCAAACUGCGUUGCAUCACGGAGCGCGAUAUGGUCACAAGGAAAUCGUUCGUUACCUGAUCUCGUUUGCUCCGAAUUCCAUAAUUAACAUGGUAGACAAUGAAACGGGUCAAACAGCGCUGCACAAAGCUGCUGGAUGUCGUCGUCGAAGCAUUUGUUAUAUGCUUGUCGCAGCUGGCGCGAGUCUCGUUUUGCAAGACAACCAAGGAUACACACCGAAAAUUCUUGCCUUACAUGCCGACGAUCACGAAUUGGCAGCGUAUUUAGAAAGUCAGGAACAUUUCCAAAAUAUGAACCACACAUCUUAACUAAACUCGUUACAUCACACACAGAAAAGACGUUGUUGAGUGAGUUUCAACCAAAAACAAAAAAAAAAUAUGAAAAAAUUUAGUAAUUGUUAUUGUAUAACGUAAAACAUAGCUAAUAUUUUUGAUUAGUGCUCCUCCAACCAAAAAGUUGCUCCUCGAAUCUUCAAAUAACUAGAUUGUUAUUACAUUUAGUAUUCGUACUAUUUAUUUAUUAUUUAUACCUAAAGAAUAAUUAAAACGUUGAUAUUUUGUAUUAAAAUUUAUGUCAAAGUUCUAAAGUUGACGUCUUCUGUAAGUAAAGAGAGUAUAUUUAAUAAUAAUCAUCAUCAGCAGGCUUGCAAGCGUCAGAUAAGUGAAAUUUAUUCUUACAUUCAAUUUGCAUAAAUUAUUAUUUCAUUUCAAAGUUACUUGCAUGAAAAUGCAUUUCGAUGUUGCUUUUUGCAAUGUUUCCUCCGUUGUCGACGUAAGAGAUUCAAAUAAUUGUCCACGAGUAUAAUUACGAAGAAAAAUUAAUUAAUUGUGAUAAUUGGUUGCGGAAAGUUGCAAGGAAGAUGCGGAACAUUGAGAAAUGCAUUUUCUUGCGUAAUAUUUUUAUUUUUUAAUUUUUUAUAUAAAAAAGUUGUCAUAAUCUCAUUUUUUAUUAUGAUUUAUUGUUAUUAUAAGUUUUUUCUUUUAAGUAUUCCUCUUUGUUGAGCUAUAUAGUUGUUAAGUAUUUAAUUUAUCUUAGUUUUAAUUGUUAUUAUUUUAUGUUUUAAGGCGGAAAAUUUAAUUAUUACGAAAAAAUAAAUGACGGAAACAUUAUUUGAGAAGGAGAUUUUACUUUACUAACACGUCUUAAGUAAUAAUUUGUCUCAAAAUAACACUUUUAAGGAUCAUACAAUUUUUUUUUCAUAUAAAAAAGUCCAAAACUUGUUCUUACCUCAUCCAACAUGUAAUUUUCCGCGCAAUUUCCCUCAAAAAAUGAGUUACUAAUGAUUUACCAGCAGUACAUUAGUCGACAAUCAAUUUUGUUUUCAGUAUUUUUUUCCUCGCAUCGCAACAUUUUCAAUAUUGAAGCUAUUUAUCAUCGUUUUUACGAGCAACCUGUUGAACGUCAAAGUUGCAUUAUUGAAAAAAAUGUUGAUAUUGAUUUUUCUUUUCCAUGCUCUUUCACACACGCACGCAGAUGGACAACAACAACAACAUUAAUAACGAUUUAAUAUAACGAAGUUCACAUAAAAAGAGCUCUAAUCAUUUGUAUUUUAUUUUUAUGCGCCAUAUUCUGACAGCUAAAUGCUAUGGCGAUGGAAAUGGAAGCAAAAAGCUCUUUAAUUGUCGACACACUUUUUCAUAUAUAUUAAUCUAACGAGUUAUUUUUAUCAAUGUAAAAAGAGGAAAUGAUUGUUUCGCAUGUGAACACGUAAUUUCUGAUUUUUCUUCUCUUUUUUUUUUUUUUGAAAGACAACGACGAACCAAUAAGUGUUCACUUAAAACUCUUUCCUUUUAGACCGAAAAGCGUUUCAUUAAGUGCUUUUCGGAUGAACUAAUGUCAAUAAUACCUGCCCCGGUCCAUUAUUUUUUGUUGUAAGUUGCCUUGCGAAUCUAAAAGGGUUACUAUUAACCAAGCUAUUAUUUCUUUAAUGUGUUAAAUUCUUCCCAUUUUCGAUUUGCAGGACGAAGGAUACACUUUUAUCGUGCAUUUGAGUAGUUUCGUAAGAGCUGAUGGGCGUACAUGUCAGAGAUUUUAAGAAGAAAGAAAUUAGUUGUAAAUGUUGGGAUUUUCUAAGAUUAACAUUAAGGAGAG